AUGAAGACACUAGGAGUGGGAAUAUCUUUGCAAAAUACGGGCGCAGUGGCCAAACCAGAUUGUAUCAUCACUUGUGAUGGCAAAAACCUCACCAUAAAAACUGAGAGCACUUUGAAAACAACACAGUUUUCUUGUACCCUGGGAGAGAAGUUUGAAGAAACCAUAGCUGAUGGCAGAAAAACCCAGACUGUCUGCAACUUUGCAGAUGGUGCAUUGGUUCAGCAUCAGGAGUGGGAUGAGAAGGAAAACACAGUAACAAGAAAAUUGAAAGAUGCAAUCAGUGGUGGAUUGUGUCACGAACGGUGUCACCUGUACUCGGAUCUAUGAAAAAGCUGAAUAAAAAUUCCAUCAUCACU